CCGCGCAUUAGCUGACGAAUGUGUGUGUCUCUCGCCUUGGAUAAACUGUACUCGGAUCAGUUUUACUCCAGUUUUCACCUGGAAUAAGACGCGGGCUCACCUGAGCAGGGAAAACCCACCUGCUUUCGGGUCCAAAGAGUCUGCUUGGCCGGUUCACCUGCCUGUGGACACUUUAAAGAACAAAUACCGCUACCGCAGAACUUUGGCCGAAGAUAAUUCAUUAACCUGCCGAACUUUUAACUACUUACCGGAGUGCUGGUACAACGAGAUUUGGCCAGUCGUGAGAAGUCGAGUCAAGAUACUUCAAAAGGACAGGGGGGAAAUAUCACACUUCCGGUGUGAAUUUUAAUUUUUUUACAUGAUAUCUGAAGAGGAAUUUUAACCAUGCUUGGGGCGGAGAGCAGAGUGGAGAGCCGGUUUAUGAAGCUGGAGGUCCUCAUGAGGAACCCAGAGUCGGUGUUAAAUUUGGAAACAUUGCUGGAUUCCAUAAAUGCCUUGGCUCACGAUUUGAACUAUCCUGCUUUGCGGAAGAACAAGAACAUUGAAACAUUUCUCAACCGAUAUGAAAAGGCGGUGAGCCAGCUGCGCGAGCUUCAGGUCAAGCUCGAAGACUUUGAGAAGGUGAAGCUGAUUGGAAGAGGAGCAUAUGGAGAAGUGCAGCUGGUGCGACACAAGGCCUCACGGAAGGUUUAUGCAAUGAAGAAGCUCAACAAAUUCGAGAUGAUUAAGCGAUCUGACUCAGCUUUCUUCUGGGAGGAGAGGCACAUCAUGGCCUUCUCAAAUAGUCCCUGGGUCAUCCAGUUGUGUUGUGCCUUCCAAGACGAUCGUCACCUUUACAUGGUGAUGGAGUUCAUGGCGGGUGGUGACGUAGUCACACUCACAAUGAACUACGACAUACCAGAGGAGUGGGCUCGCUUCUACACGGCCGAGGUGGUGCUAGCCCUGGACGCCAUCCACUCCAUGGGCUUCAUCCACCGUGACGUCAAACCUGACAAUAUGCUGCUUGACCAGCACGGGCACCUCAAGCUAGCUGACUUCGGCACAUGCAUGAAGAUGGACUCUACAGGCAUGGUGCGUUGUGACACUGCCGUGGGCACGCCCGACUACAUCUCCCCAGAGGUGCUCCAGUCUCAGGGGAGCGUGGGUCAUUAUGGGCGCGAAUGCGACUGGUGGUCUGUGGGGGUCUUCAUAUACGAGCUGCUAGUGGGUGAAACUCCUUUUUACGCUGAAUCCCUGGUUGGAACCUACGGAAAAAUCAUGAACCACAAGAAUUCCCUAAUUUUCCCUGAUGAUGUAGAGAUGUCCAAGGACGCCAAAGACCUCAUCUGUGCCUUUCUAACUGACAGGGAGGUUCGUCUGGGCCGCACUGGAGUAGAGGAGAUCAAAACACAUCCUUUCUUCAAAAGCGACCAGUGGACCUUUGACAACAUUCGAGAAACUGUGGCUCCUGUCGUACCUGAGCUGAACAGCGACAUCGACACCAGCAACUUUGAUGACAUUGAGGAUGAUAAAGGAGCCGUUGAGACCUUCCCGCCACCCAAAGCCUUUGUGGGCAACCAGCUUCCAUUUGUCGGAUUCACUUACUUCAAAGAAGACCAAUUGCUGAAGGUUAAGAAAAACAGCCCGGAGGAGAAUUCUGAGAACAAAAAGGAAAUAUUGGAGGAAAAGCAACAGCACUCUGACAACAAGAAAGAACAACUGCAAAAAAAACUGAAUGAACUGGAGGAGCAACUCGACCAUGAAAUGCAGGCCAAAGACGAGCUGGAGCACAAGUUCCGAAAUGCCACCAACCGUUUAGACAAGUUGGUCAAGGAAUUAGACAAGGAGAUGAACAGCAAACAGCGCGUGGAGGCCUCGCUGAGGCAGAUGGAGCGCGAGCGAGCGCUGCUGCAGCACCAGAGUAGUGAAAACCAGCGCAAAGUAGAGAUUGAGACGGACAGGAAACGGGGCUUGGAGAAUGAAUUGAAUAGUUUGAGGGACCAGUUAGAAGAUCUGAAGAAGAAGAACCACAAUUCACAGAUCUCCAAUGAGAAGAACAUCCAGCUGCAGAAACAACUCGAUGAGGCGGCCGGGACACUCCAGGCGGAGCAGGAGGCAGCGUCAAAGCUAAAGAAGAGCCAAGCAGAGAUUCAAAAACAAGCCCAGAGCCUGGAGCUGAGCCUCAGGGAGGUGCAGGAGAAGUGUAAGCAGCUGGAGGAGGGCAAGAUGGAGCUGGAGCGGCAGCUGACAACACUGCAGGCUGAACUGGGGGCAGAGAAGAGGGAGCGCAGCAUCAAGACAGAGGUUAUUGCCGACCUACAGGGACGGACAUCUGCCUUGAAACAGGAGGUGAAAGAAAUGAAGUCGUGCCUCUCCAUCGUCCAGACUGAAAAGAACCAACUGCAGGAGAGGCUCAAUGAUCUUGAGAAGGAAAAGAGCAACCAAGAGAUCGAACUGACGUUCAAGUUAAAGUCCCUUCAGCAGAGUCUGGAGCAAGAGGAGGCUGAACACAAAGCUGUCAAGGCCAAACUGGCAGAUGACAACCAAAUUUACCAGUCAAUAGAGGAGGCAAAAUCUGCUGCCUUAAAAGAAAUGGAACGCACCCUUCAGGAGGAGCGCACUCUGAAGCAGGAGGUGGAGGCUAAGCUGCUGCAGCUGAAGAAAGAUCACUCCAUGUUGGACUGUGAUUACAAACAGGCACAGCAUAAAAUGGAGGAGCUGCACGCUCAAAAAGAGAAAGUUUCUGAAGAGGUAAAGAACCUCAGCUUGCGACUGGAUCAGGAGGUCCACAGGCGCAGUCUGGCCCAGAGUGACCUAAAAAUGGAAAAACAGCAGGUGACUGUCCUGCACACCUCGGAGAAGCAGCUCAAGCAAGAACUCAACCAACUGCUGGAGAUUAAGCAGGUCUUGGACAAGCAAAAUCAGGAGAUGCGCAGGGAGAAGCAGGAGUCAGAAAGCCUAGUGAAAGAUUUAAAGGACCAGCUGGAGGCGGAGCAAUAUUUCACGACCCUUUACAAGACACAAAUCCGUGAGUUAAAGGAGGAGUGUGAUGAGAAGAACAACUUGUACAAAGAGACGCAACAACGUCUGGAAGAGUACCAGGAGGAAAGGGAAUCGCUCGCUUCCCAACUGGAAGUCAGCCUGACCAAAGCAGACUCGGAGCAGUUGGCCCGCUCCAUCGCUGAGGAGCAGUACUCUAAUUUGGAGAAAGAGAAAAUCAUGAAGGAGCUAGAAAUCAAAGACAUGCUGGCAAAACACAAACAGGAGCUCGGCGACAAGGAGGCCACCAUCACCUCGCUGGAGGAGUCCAAUCGCACUCUGACUGUGGAUGUGGCCAACCUAGCGAGUGAGAAGGAGGAACUCAACAACCAGCUUAAAGAACUACAUCAACAACUCCAGAAAGCAAAGGAUGAAGAAAAGAACAUGAGCUCCCUCAUAGUGGCCUUUGAAAAGCAGUUGCAGACUGAAAGGACGCUAAAAAUUCAGGCCAUCAACAAGCUCGCUGAGGUGAUGAACCGAAGGGAGCCUGCAAGGGGAGGGCACCGAGGCACAGACACAGAGGUGCACAGGAAAGAGAAGGAGAACAGGAAGCUACAACUGGAGCUGAGAUCCGAGAAGGACAAACUUAACAGCACCAUCAUCAAAUACCAACGAGAGCUGUCGGAAAUGCAAGCGCUGAUUGCAGAGGAGAACCAAGUGCGUCAGGAACUUCAGAUGACAUUGGCCAGCAAGGACAGUGACAUCGAGCAGCUUCGAUGCCAGCUCACCUCCCUCAGCAUUCAUUCUCUAGAUUCAACCAGCAUCAGCAGUGGCAAUGAUCUAGAUGUGGGCGAAGGCUACCCAGUGCGCAUUACUCACUCACAAACCUCCGAAUCAAUGUCCUUCACCUACCAGCGCACACACAAAUCAGUGCGCAUCGACACUCGGCCGGACAUCCGUCCAGCACGUUCUCUCUUUGACUCUGACUCUGACUCUGAGGAUGAAGAAGAUGAUGAAAGUGAGGAGCGGGGCCCGCGUCCCCUGGCCCUUACAUACCAGCAGCCCGAACCUGAAUCUGAACUUGCAGACUCCAGAUUAGAGGGCUGGCUUUCACUCCCUACCAAGCAAACAAAACGGUUCGGCUGGGACAAAAAGUUUGUAGUGGUAAGCAGUAAAAAGAUUCUAUUCUACAACAGUGAGCUGGACCGAGAACAGGCCAACCCUUUCAUGACUUUGGACAUAGACAAGCUGUUUCAUGUCCGACCUGUCACUCAGACUGAUGUGUACCGUGCAGACGCUAUAGAAAUCCCCCGGAUAUUUCAGAUCCUGUACGCCAAUGAGGGCGAGAGCAAGCGUGACCAGGAAGUCGUCAUGGAGACCACGCCCUUUGGCGAACGCCCCUUGUACAUUAGCCACAAAGGUCAUGAGUUCAUCCCCACCCUCUAUCACUUCCCUUCAAGCUGCGAGGCAUGCGCUCGGCCGCUGUGGCAUGUGUUUAAGCCGCCACCGGCCCUCGAGUGUCGCCGUUGCCACACCAAGUGCCACAAGGACCACCUGGACAGGAAGGAGGAGGUCAUUGUGCCCUGCAAGGUGAACUAUGACAUAUCAACUGCCAAAGAGCUGAUUUUACUAAGCGGAAGCCGGGAGGAGCAGCAGCGAUGGGUCAGCCACCUUCUCAAGCGCAUCCCCAGGAAGCACCCGCAGCCCGCCGCUUCUUCCCAUCUACCUGAGCCAUCGGCGAGAUCUUCCCCCAGAGUUUCGCCACGCCCGUCGCCGAAGAGCUCACCACAGAUUUCGCCUCACCGUGGGGCCAUGAGGUUGUCAGCCAUCAAGUCACAGCAGCCGUCUGGGAAGGCAAGAUUGCUUGAUUUUGGCCUGAAAGACUUGAGGUGGUCAUUGGACGACACCGACAGUGAUGAUGAUAUUUUCUUCUGAAAGAAGUGACAAAGGGGGGAAGGAGGGUAACUUGGCCUCUGCAUGCGUGGUUGCAGCUCCUCUAGAAGCAUGUUUGUGUGUGUUCCUGACAAUUGCAAUGAAUUCAAAAAAGUUAUAAUAGCUCUUUCAACACUGGUUUGAUAAGCCCUGUGUGAACUACGGGACUCUGGGAGUUGAACUUGACUAGUUUCGAUCAUACGAUCAGGCGCAACACAGAUGAAAUGUUACCUACUAUACAUGUAGGAGAGAGUGGAAAGCCAGCCCGUGAGUGUGACGUUUCAUGCCCUAGACUCAAACUUGAUGCCCAUUUUUAUGCUGCAAAAGCAGCUCAUGAUUGAAAACAUCAAUCCAUCCAUCCGUUAUCUACCGCUUAAUCCGGGGUCAGUUCGUGGAGCAGUAGCUUUAGCAGGGAAGCCCAGACUUCCCUCUCCCCAGCCACUUCAACCAGCUCUCCCGGCGGGAUUCCAAGGUGUUCCCAGGCCAGUUGAAAGAUGUAAGUCUCUGUCAGACAUACGCUAAACUCCGGUUAAAUCCCGGGAUUUAAACAGAUAGCUUUUAUGUCUGAAAGCAAUUUCCCGAGUCGACUGCCACGGAGAUGACACUGAUAUUGGUCGCGUCCUAGUAUAAUUUCCAGGAUUUACCCGGGAAGCGGCAUGUGUGAAAACAACCAUUUAAUUCCUGGGUCACAGUGCAAAAGCUGAUGACUUAAAUAUUGUGACGUCAUGCGGGAGCAGGUAGUGGAGGGAGACAUUCUUUGGCCAGAGAUGAAGAAUCCUGUCAAAAUGGCCACCAGCCCAAACACUUUGCUUCCCAGCAUGCCGCACAAUUCCUGCAGGUGUGGCAGUUUAAGCCACUUAAUUACAGCCGGCCUGGAGGAGUAUAUAAAAGAUGACCAGAUUGAGGGAGAGGCGGCACAGAAGGAGAUGGAUAGAAAGCAUUUUGAGAACAGACCUAAGUUGAUUUUUUUUAGAUGUUUAUUUUGUUGUUUUUGUUGUCUCUUGUGCAGCAUUUCAGCCACUUUUCUUUUCUUUUGUUUUUGUUUUUUUGUUUUAUUUUUUUGGAAUAAAGAAGAUGUGUGUUGGAAACUUUGGCCUCCCGAGCUACUUCCUGGCCAGGCCUACCUCGUGUGACGUCACAAUAUCAUGGUGGGCCGAUCGUCAUUUCCUCUGUCUUUGCAGAAAGAGGAAAAGCAGCAAACAAACAUUGCAAUUAUCAACAUGGCAAACUGGAAAGAUCACAAAAUUAAACUGAAAAUAUAACGAAAUUAAAUUGCUACUAGAUCUUACAGCUGAGGAAGAGACAGUCCAUCAUCCAUCUUUGGAAAUGUGUGGUUUAUUUUGUUCCCGAUGCCAACCAAAAAUAAUGCAAUGUCCGCGUUGUAAAAUCCCGUCCCUCGCUAUCCCCGCACAAGAGUCGCCAACACGGGAUAAGAGUGAAAGUGUCCAACCCGGGUAAUUCGCGGUACCUCUCCCCAUGUCUGACAGCCAUGACACGGGUAAAUCCCGCGUCACCUGACACGGGAAUUUAGUGGGAUAUACCGCGGGGCAAAUAAGUAUUUAG